AUGGAGAUUAAGAGGGAUGUAUGGAGCCUGCUGCUCGUGCUGCUCCUCGGGCAGCUCGUCGCCUUCGCCAUGGCCGCCUCAAGCUUCACCUCCUCCGUCAUUGCUAAUCUUGGAGUUGAUGCACCACUGACACAGUCUUUCUUCGCUUACCUGUUGCUGACCUUAGUCUAUGUACCAAUCGUCCUGCGUCGACGGCAGAAGCUGCAAAUAGCAUGGUACUGGUAUCUAGCUCUGGCCUUCUUUGAUGUACAGGGGAACUAUCUUGUUGUGAAGGCAUACCAGUACUCAUACAUUACCAGUGUAACUUUGUUGGAUUGUUGGACUGUUGUAUGGGUCAUCGUGCUCACCUGGUACGCACUGGGCACAAGAUACUCACUCUGGCAGUUCGUGGGGGCAGGGACAUGUGUGGCAGGGCUUGCCCUUGUGCUGCUUUCAGAUGCAGAAUCUCCAGAGGAGCAAGAUCCGGGAAAAAUGCCACUUCUGGGGGAUGUCCUUGUUAUUGCUGGGACAGUUGGUUUUGCGUUUAGCAAUGUUGGGGAGGAAUACUGUGUCAAGAAAAAGGAUAGAGUUGAAGUUGUUGCAAUGCUUGGACUCUUUGGGUUGCUGAUCAGCAUAGUGCAGAUACUUAUAUUUGAAAGGAAGGGCCUAGAAGCAGUUACAUGGUCUCCAACAAUGAUAAGUCUGUUUGCAGGAUUUGCAGUGGCAAUUUUCAUAUUCUACACAAUUACUCCUUUCGUUCUUAAGAUGAGUGGAUCUACAUUGUUCAACCUUUCACUGCUAACAUCUGACAUGUGGGCAGUCGCCAUUCGAGUUUUAUUCUAUCAGCAACAGAUAAACUGGUUGUACUACCUAGCAUUCACAGUUGUAGCCAUUGGAUUAAUCAUCUAUUCGUUGAAUGAUAGUUCUUCAGAUGAUGAAACAGCUGGAAGUUCAGAAACACCAGCCCAAUAUCAGCAACUACCAAUUGAAGACAAUUCAACAAGAAUUGGUUCUAAUUCAGGUAGCCAAGAAAGGACACAUAAGGAAGAAGUUCAUAUCUGUUAG